CGCGCCGUGCCAGAGUGCAGCAGCGGGACACGAGCGCUCACACACGUCGCCGCGUCUGCACGCUUUACUAUUAAUACCGCAGCCGUCCACCGCGAGUGGACUGGAUGCCGGAGGGCGAAGGCGGAUUAAGCAACAGACGCCCAAAUUUGGCAUCCCCCCCAUCCUCCUCCUCCUCCUCCUCUCCGCCAUGUGGAUUGGAGAGACAUGGAUUGAUGAAGAGCGAUAGAGCACGCGCGGGAGAGGGAAAGUGGGGGGGACUGCAGUACACGCAGGGUCUGGAUGAAUAACCAUGGCAACAGCAGCAGCGGCAGCAGCAGCAGCCGCCGCCGUCGUAGUCCUGCAAGCGGAGAUAUAAACAUUGCACAGGAGCGCAUCCAUCUGCAUUAACUCUCUGGAUCGUCUCACUUCCUGGAUCGCUGUUAAGGUGAUGACUGGGACACGAUAUCAUGUCUGAAGUUCAGGGAACGUUGGAGUUUUCCAUAGAGCUGCACAAGUUUCACAAUGUGGAUCUUUUUCAGAGAGGGUUCUACCAAGUCCGAACGGGGUUGAAGGUUUCCCCUCGAGUGCUCCACAGGUUAAUAGUGACGGCGCAAGACAAUGCAGCAGGCGAAUGCAGCUUCAGCUCCCCGGGGGUGUACGAGGGCGUCGUGUUCAGCCGGAUCUUCCAGAUCCUUUACAGGAACGAGGAUAUCUCUGUCAACGACAGCAUGGUCUUCAAAGUGCAUCUGCUGCUGGAUGGAGAGCGGCUGGAGGAGGCCCUCGGCGAGGUGGACUUCCAGUUGAAGCUGGAUCUUCACUUCACCGACAACGAGCAACAGUUGGCCGACGUGGUCUCGGUCCCGUUGAUCAGCAGCCGAACCCUCGACCUGCACUUCCACCCGCAGAGAGGCUUGCAUCACCACGUUCCCGUCAUGUUCGACUACUUCCACCUGUCCGUCAUUUCCGUGUCCAUCCACGCCUCACUGGUUGCCUUACAUCAGCCUCUGAUCAGCUUUGCUCGCACGGGGAAGGGCUCCUGGCUGGGAAGAGGCUCAGCGGAGAGCACCGCCGAGCCAGCUGCCGUCUCUGUGGAAAACCUCGUCUUGGGAGCGGGCUACUGCAAGCCCAUCAUCUCCGAGGGGAGCUUUUAUGUGCCCAGUGAGGACGGCCUGCAGAGAGCGUACACUUGGCACAGAAGACUCUGUCGCCUUCUGCUGGCGGCGCAGGCCGCGCUCAACAGCUACUGCACCGCGUUGAUGAAGGAAGUGCCGCAGCUCCAGCAGAUACCGCUGGACACAGAAGUCCUGCCAGCGGAAGAGACGCUGAAUCAGCUCGCAUUAGAGUUACAGCUGCAAGAGGGCCGCGAGAAGGUGGCCGAGCAGAUCAGCGCCGACGUGGGCCACCUCUGCACGCAGCUGAGCGCUCUGUGGAGUGGCUUUCUGGAAUCGGCCGUGCUCAAUCCGCACGUCCUCUCCUACUUGGCUCAGGAGCAUCACACGCUCAGGGUGAGGAGAUUUUCCGAGGCGUAUUUCUUCACAGAGCACCCCAAAGAGACAUCGCUGCUAUUUCAAGAGGAGCUAAUCAGCAGACAGGGCCAGGUUGCCGCAGAAGUGCGCUCUUCAGACUACUUGGCCAAAAUGCCUCCUUUACCUGUCGAGUGCCUGGACAUUGAUGGAGACUGGAACAGCCUUCCCAUCAUCUUUGAGGACCGAUAUGUGGAGUUUGCUCCUAAAGACUUGGCGCCCCACGCGACGACAUCCGACGAUCACGCCCCAAGCGCUCUGAGGGCCAAAUGCUUCGAAGUCUCCCAAGAUCCUUCAGAUAGUGACGACUGUAUGGAUUUGACCACCUAUGUGUCGCUCAUAGGAAAGCAAAGCAGACUUUCUCAGGAUACGAUCCCAAUGGAGAAAAGAAUAGAUGGACCGGUAGCAGAGCCCAAGGACAUCUCAUCAGUCAAAGAUCUCCAUUCUCAUCCAACAGAAGUUGUUCUCGUUCCAGAAGAUGCCAUCAAUGAUACCUCAAAGGACAACGUUAGCCAAAACAGUGAGGACGCUCCAGUUAGCACCCCCGUGCUCUCCACGCCUUCUUUUUCAUCUUCUUCUCCCAGCCGUCUGGCAAAGGAGGCGUCCCAUCGAGGAGGCGCGGUCCUCCCGAAGAUCAUAAAGCGCUCGUCCUCGGUCAUUUCAGACUCUGGUAUCGAGAGCGAGCCCAGCUCCGUGGCGUGGCCCCUGGAAGCGGUGCUGCGGGCUCCGCCCCCUUUGGAUUUUUCCAGCCAACGGGAAAUCCGCCGGCGGAAAGCGCUCCGGCACCCGGUUCUCCGAAGCUCCUUGGAGGGCCUGCAGAUGGAGAGCAACGGUAGCAUUCCCAGCGGCGGUAUACAGGCCUCGUUGACGUCCAUCAGCUCGUUGCCGUACGAGGACGAACGGGAGCAGAGCCACGGCGGCAAACUGACCAAAUCCGUGUCCGCGCCGCAGAUCAGUAGCCCGGAUGACGAGCGCGGGACUCAAAUUCAGGAUGCCUCAAGUCGUUCAGAACAACAAACCCAGCCGUCGGAAUCGGCCAUUUUCCACGCAAGUUCCGAAAUGCCAAAUCGUCCUCAAAACCUUCCAGCCGCUCACAAAUCCAGCUCGGCGGAGGGCCCCGGUGGUCCGCUUCCCAACGGCCGCGGGGAGAAUGUAAAUCAUCACAUCGGCGGGGUGAGUGUCUCUGUGGAGGAUGUACAUCUUGCCGCUUUGGAAGCUGGACACGAGUUAAGCGCUAGAAUAAACGCAACGGGGCAGCCGGGUGUCAUCGACGUCGACGAGACUCAUCACCAAGUUGAUUCCUCGCAACCUUGGCAAGGCUCCGAUGAGAUGGCUCGCAACGGGAUAGCGGCCAGCCAGAACGAAGCCGCCCAUGAGCCCACGAAAAGCUCCAAGGCGCCCAACUCGGGCCUGGCCUUCGUCAAUAAGAAGAUGGUGGAGGUGGUGAACAUGUCGGUGUCGUGCGCGCCUACUUGCCUGCCCUUUUCUAGUGUUCUAAAAGACUCUCCGUCCGUGAGCGGCAUGUCCACUCGCCCGACUACCUCACCUAUCACCAAUCAGCCGCUGGGCUCCUUCGGUAUCAUCUCCCCGACGUUAGCCAACCAGCUCGGCGUUGACCACCAGGCCAACGAACGCAUGCUGAGUUUCUUCAAAGCCAAAGAGGAGCUUUUUAAAGGGAUGAGCUUCCAAGGCGGCCUAUAUAGCGACCUCCCUCUGCUGGCGUCCGACCUGCCCUACUUCCCUCCCGAGGAGGACGACGAGGAAUUCGACGACGGCAUACACUUGGUGGUGUGCGUGCACGGCCUAGAUGGAAACAGCGCGGACCUUCGCCUGGUGAAGACGUUCAUCGAGUUAGGCCUGCCGGGAUCCCGGCUGGACUUUCUCAUGUCGGAAAGGAACCAGGCCGACACGUUUGCUGAUUUCGACACCAUGACGGACAGAUUGCUGGAUGAGAUUAUCCAACACAUCCAGUUGUACAAUCUCACCAUCGGCAGAAUAAGCUUCAUCGGACACUCCCUGGGGAACGUCAUCAUCCGCUCGGUGCUGACGAGACCUCGCUUCCGCUGUUACCUGGCCAGGCUGCACACGUUCCUCUCGCUGUCCGGCCCGCACCUGGGCACGCUGUACAACAACAGCACGCUGGUCAGCACGGGUCUGUGGUUGAUGCAGAAGCUGAAGAAAUCGGGAUCCUUGCUGCAGCUCACCUUCAGAGACAAUCUGGACCCGCGGAAGACCUUUCUUUAUCUCCUCAGUCAGAAACCGGGGCUCCAGUUCUUCAAAAACGUCGUGCUGGUGGCGUCUCCGCAGGACCGUUACGUUCCUUUCCACUCUGCCCGAAUAGAGAUGUGCAAAACGGCUCUCAAAGACAAAAGCACAGGCCCCGUGUACACAGAGAUGAUCAACAACCUUCUGCAGCCUCUCGUGGAGGCCAAAGAUUGCCGGUUAAUCCGUCAGAACGUUUUCCACGCUCUACCCAACACGGCCAACACGCUGAUCGGCCGAGCCGCCCACAUCGCCGUCCUGGACUCUGAACUUUUCCUGGAGAAGUUCUUCUUAGUGGCAGGGCUGGACUACUUCAAAUAACAUACUGUCAUGUACAUACUAAGGAAGGAGGUGAAUAUUUGUGGGUUAGCCAUGCGUGUUUGUGACGUGCUCACCUAGCGUGAGUGUGACGACUAGUAGCCGUGCAAAUUGUAACAUAAACAUGGAACAUCUUUCCAGCAGAGAUGCUUGCCUUAUCACUAACCUCUCGGCUAAUUGCGCCACGUUCCCUUUGCGGAAAGAAUUCCACUAGCAUUCAUCGCCGUACGAGUAGCCACCUGUCGACGUCAAAUGCAAAAUCUCGAAAAGACUUUUUUUUUUUACAUCCCGUUAUGUAGCUUUAAUCAUACCUCUCUAAUUGCGUCAAUCAUAUUUGACUAUUUUCUUGAGAGUGGCAAUAUCAUUCCGAAAGUCUCAUCUUACUCCUGAUCUAUAUAAAUAGAGUAUUGAUCGGAUGUCAUUUAACAUACUUAAGAUAAUAUACUAUGCUAACAUGAACAGAGCUAAAUCAAAAUAUCAUCCAUGUGCCCAACCAUGAAUGGAUGGAUACGUCUUAGCAAGUAUAAUCUUGUACUUAAUCGUUGUGUGCAAUACUACUUGAAAUGUUUUUAUAGGCGAGUCACUGUAAAUGUAUGCAUUCAAUAGACACAAGAGACCUAAAUGAAUUAAAACAAAAAACAUUGGUGGAACACAAGAACCACCAAGAACACACACACACACGCACACACACACUGAAAUCUUUUGUGGAUAGUCUUUCUCAGAAAAAUGGAAGCUGUAGCUACAAAUAUAUUUUCAUCUAUUGUUGAAUGGUGUCUCAAUAUAUUUGUCCAUUUAUUUAUUCUCUGUAUUGUCUUUUUUUUUUUGUUGAUGAAGUUUUCAUGAUGUCAUUUGGAUCACUGCCUCAAUUGGAAGGAAGUCUUGUUUGACUAAUCCUUGGGAAAUUUAUAAAUUCAUAGAUCAAUGCAUUUUUUUUUUUUUUAUCCAAUUGCCUUUUCCAGCAAGUCCAUUAUGGGCCCCUUGGGCAGUUUUCCGUCACGCGUGUGAAAAGGUGUUCUCAUUGUCAGGAAAAUCCUUCAUGUAUUUAAAUGAAUGUAAAAAAAAAAAGAAAGUCUAACAUCACUGUGAGCACCAUGUAUUUAUUCCAUCCAAGUUAUUUUGAAAUGUAUAAUAUGUAAAGUACAGAGAGAACUACUUCGUCUGUGCCAAUUAAACAGAUACAGUAAUAAAAUUGUUUUGCAUAAGGUC